AUGCAGGUUCGCCUUAUAAAGGAGUUGUAUGGGAAUCAAAUUGGAGAACUUUAUUGUAGUAUUCCAUAUCAUAUGGUUGAAUUUGUGCUUCCAGAAUUUGAUUGCAAAAUAACAAUGAGUCGUAGAUACGACAGUCUCAUCUUUACACUUCCAUCUGGGGUCAGUGUCCUCGCAUGGCCCACGCAUCAACCCAAGAGACUCCGGGCUGGUCUAGCACCCGUCAACAGGAAGGACAUUUCUGGAGAUCAUUUAAUUCCAGCUCGUUUGACAAAUGCUGAGCAUGCAUUGCGGUCGAUGGAUCUGCCUGAAGCUUUUGCAGACAUUGUUUUGAGCAUGCCCCAAGCUCUCAAGGAAGUAUUCACGGAGCAAGAUGCAUAG